GAUACUAGUAUCCUGUUUCAAAAUGGCGACCCUGGACGUGGAAGAUGAAAACAUUCUGACAUCUAUUUUCAAGGAUGCAUUUCCAGACAGCUGGCAGGACAACCCUGACUUUGUGCAGUAUCUGGUGGAGCUCAGCUCCUGUGGAGUGGAGCGGCUCAGUCGGGAGCCUGACAGACUCGCGGAGGAGAAGUCCCAGAUCCUGUCGGAGACCCAGGACCUCGCCUUCCACAACUACACAACCUUCAUCCACACCGCCGACUGCUCCAAGGAGAUCUUCCAAGAUUUCCAGAUUAUUGAGAAGCAUGUGGACAACCUGCUUACAAAGUUACCUCCCUUCUCUGAUGAAUGUCAGAACGUUGUGAAGAAAGCCCAGGAGAUCAGCUCCAGUCGGCGUAUGAACACGUUGACCCUGCAGCGACACACCCAGUUACUGGAGGUGCUGGAGAUGCCCCAGCUGAUGGACACGUGUGUCAGGAACGGCUACUACGAGGAGGCCCUGGAGCUGGCAGCCCAUGUCCGCAGACUGGAGAAGAAACAUGCUGCCAUCCCAGUGAUCAUGAGCAUCGUGGAGGAGGUGAAGACUUCGACGCAGCUCAUGUUGAACCAGCUGAUCCACCAGCUGCGGACCAACCUGCAGCUUCCGGCUUGUCUCCGCGUCAUAGGCUUCCUGCGCAGGAUGGACGUCUUCACUGAAGCCGAGCUACGCAUCAAGUUCCUUCAGGCUCGCGACUCCUGGUUCCAGGGAAUCCUUGAGGCUGUACCUAGAGAUGACCCGUACGCCCACAUUACCAAGACGAUCGAGCUGAGCCGUGUACAUCUGUUUGACAUCAUCACACAAUAUCGAGCCAUCUUCUCCGACGAGGACCCACUUCUCACCACCACUCGAGACGAAACCAUCAAUGAGGCUGCGCUUUUCCAUGGCUGGGUGGUCCAGAAGGUGUCCCACUUCCUGAGUACGCUAGAGAUAGACCUGCAGCAUGGAGUCGGGGGGAGACUGGAUUCACUCCUCGGUCAGUGUAUGUAUUUUGGGCUGAGCUUCAGUCGAGUUGGCGCCGACUUCCGCGGCCUCUUGCCAUCGAUUUUCAAGACAGCUGCACUGCAGAACUUCAAGGCAGGACUGAAGGAGGCAAACACAAGAUUUGAGGAGAAUAUGCAGUCAUACAAUCUGCUAGGAGUAACAUCCGCUGGCAGCGGAAUCAACUACGGAAGCAGUACACAGCCAGGGACUGUCUACCCUCCCACGGUGCUGCUAGAGUUCUACCCCCUGGCAGCCUACUGUAACCAUGUGCUCACUGCCUUCAAUGACCUCCGCCUGUGUGCACCGGUCAAUCUUGCCUGUGAAAUAGCCGAUUGUGUCCAGCAGUCAUUGCUCGAAGUUAACAGGGUCAUCCUCGCCUUCUUCAGAGCUGAAGAGACGACCUUCAACUUGCAGGAGGGGGAGCAGUUCGGUCAGUUCUGCGCCACGUACAUCACGGACCUCCUCCCCUACCUCAACAAGUGUCUGCAGGUGCUCUUCCCUGCCUCCCAGCUGGCUCAGGCCCUGGGUGUGUCGGUCACAGAGCUCCACAAACUGGGCAGUGUGGGCCAGGUUGACCUGAAGGCUGUUCUGAAGCAGGUCAGCCAUCUCAUACCUGUUGUCAAGGAAAGCCCUACACCAAUUUCAAGCUCAACAGCAGCUCCUCACAACCCAUCCUCCCCUCCAAAUCAGCCUGCAAAUAAAACUGAAACAAGUGUUCUCCGAGCUCAAGACACAGAUGCUACUGGGACAACAACUGUUCCCGGAUCUCAAGACACUGACACUACUGGGACAACAACUGUUGCCAAAUCUCCAGACACAGAUACUAGUAGUACAACAGAUAUUCCCAGAUCUCCAGACACGGAUGCCACUGGGACAAUACCUGUUCCCAAAUCUCCAGACACGGAUGCCACUGGGACAACAGAUAUUCCCAGAUCUCCAAACACGGAUGCCACUGGGACAACAGAUAUUCCAAAAUCUCCAGACACGGAUGCUACUGGGACAAUAACUGUUCCCAAAUCUCCAGACACAGACACUACUGGGACACCAACUGUUCCCAAAUCUCCAGACACGGAUGCUACUGGGCCAACACCUGUUCCCCAAUCUCCAGACACAGAUGCUGUGGUCCAUAGUGAUGAUGGAAGGGUGACACAUACAGAUACUACUACUGUGGCAGCUACUCCGGAUGGCCCUGACAGAGUCCCGGUGGUUGCAGGUCCAGAUACUUCUGUAGAUGCUGUUGCCCCUUCCUCUGCUGAUGGCUGGUCCAAUUCUUGGGGGGACAACGACUUCAGCAUUGACCUUGACUCGGUCCAGCUGACCGGUGGGGCACCCGCGGGUAUUGAUAUUGGGCUGGCCUCGAGUUUAGUGGACAGCGUGCUACAAGGGGGGACAACCUCUGUGGGUGAAACCGGGGAUGUGAAGAAACAAGACUGAAUCUGUGUUACCAUGGUUUCUGCAAAAAUAGAACUCAGCUCAGACUGUUUCAACCUUUUGUAGUGUCACUGCAGAUGGAAAUCAUGGUGAAUGAUUUUCUGUUGCUGGUUCGUGAGGUGUGGCCACAGAUUUCUGUAACCAUGGAUACUUUGUUAUGAAAGAAACAUUAUUAGUUUUUACUGAAGUUAACCUCUAUAAUCUACCAUUAACUUAUUACUGAGAAGACCCUCUCCGUGGUCUAGCAGAUGGAGUGUCUGCCUGGAGAGCGGAGGGUUGUUGAUUGAUCCCCGGCCACGUCAUGCCUGGUGUUUGGCAUUGAUGGGAUAAAACAAUGACUGGUCGGCUUAGAGCCAGUAUACUGUGUCUGAGUGGGGUAUCCAUGUUAAACUGCUGCAUACUAUCUCAGUGGGCUGACACUGUACGGUCGGCAUAAGUCUGGACGACUACAAGCGGCCACACAGAAACAUGUGCAUGCAUGUCGUUAUAGAAGUGCAACAAUCUUGGAUGCGACUUUAAGCCCUAUUUUACCUCACCUCAUAACUGAGCAAAUGUUUUGGAUAUGUUCAUUUUGUUUUGAGUGUAACCAUGGUAACACAUUCUUCAGAAAUGUGACAACUGGGAAGUAGUGUCAAGGGACUUGUUAUGUGGGCUUUCAUAUCUAUAUUUUGUUGAUUAAAUAUUCAAAUUCUU